GGAGCGUGAAGAAAGCGUGAAAGAGAGAGAGAGGAGCGGCAACAGCAAGACGACAGCCAGCGAGCUCUCGACUUUUACCCGCUUCCUCGAAUCCUCCGCUCUCUCUUUCCCUCUCCAAAGCAAGAAAAGAAGACCACGGCGGACGAAACCCAUUCUCCAGGGCAAAGUAGGCGGAGAGGAGAGGAGGAGGAGGAGGAGAAGGGAUCCGAAUUCUUCGUCAUUUCUCUGAGAUAGAGAGUUCCUCACGGUUUCCCAAACCGAUCUCUCUUUCCUUCUCUCGUCCCGGCCUCGGCGCUCAGAUCGCUGCUGGCUGAGGUGUUGGACGGGGUAGAGGUCUCGCGUUGCCCUCGUCGGUUUGGUGAUCUCAGGCGCGGGUUCGGUUCCCUUCUUUUUUUCUUGGCGUUUGGAUUCUGAUUGUUCGAUCGCGUUCGCCUUGUUGGGGCUUGCAAGACUGGGUAUUGGAGUGCGCUUCUUGGUUCGGACGGACGGGCUGUUUGUUCCGAUCUUUGUGAGAAGCUUUUCGAAACGGUUUCAGGUGAGGGGUGUUCAAUAAUGGAUCUUUAAAGGGCGGUUUCAUCUCGUAGAGGAGAUUUUAUCGACGGGAUUCAAUAAAAGGUCGAACCUUUAGUAGAAUCGAGGCGAAGCCUCUUUCCAUCAAUUAAAAGCAAUUGAACCAAUGCAGGUCCUUCGAGUCCUAUUUUUGUAACAAUUACGUUUCUUUAUUUAGUUCUGCAAACUUAGAGUUGUCAGUUAUCUCCCUUGUUUUUAUUGGUACAUAUUAGAUUUAGAAUUCACCCUCGUAAGAUGGUUUAUACUGUUAAGCUGAAAAGUGGAUGCUUUAAAAAAAGGCAACUUGAUGUCAUCUGGAAAAGAUGAUUCAGAAAGACAGUUUGAUUAUAAAGAUUUUCUCUUUGGUCUUUAUCAGUUGUUGAGAUCUCCAUCUUUCUCUGAGUUCUAUGCAUCUGUGCUGCUGCAUUCUGGAAUCCCUCGUUCAGUGGCUGCUCGUCUCUUUUGAAUCUUGAGGUCCUAGCAAAAGGUCUUGUGCCUCGGAAGGAAAUGUCAGUCUACCAUGCAGAAGGCCUUGAAGGGUCGUACAGUUAUGAGGAGAGAAAAGAAAGGAGAUCUGAUGUGGAGAACUCUGAGGACGAGAGAAGGAAAACGAGAAUCGGAUCUCUCAAGAAAAAAGCGUUGAAUGCUUCGAGUAGAUUUACACACUCUUUGAAGAAACGAGGGAGAAGGAGAGUUGAUUUCAGGGUUCCUUCCGUUCCAUUCGAGGAUGUUAGAGAUGCUGAAGAGGAGCAAGCUGUCUCUUCCUUCCGGCAACAACUCAUUGCCAAGGACUUGUUGCCUAAUAAACAUGAUGACUAUCACACAUUGCUUAGGUUCCUCAAGGCUGGAAAAUUUGACUUUGAGAAGGCAACCCACAUGUGGGCUGAGAUGCUUCAAUGGAGAAAAGAAUUUGGAACGGACACAAUUCUGGAGGACUUUGAAUUUGAAGAGCUGGAGGAAGUUCUGCGCUAUUAUCCCCAAGGAUAUCAUGGAGUUGACAAGGAGGGAAGGCCUGUCUACAUUGAGAGACUGGGGAAAGCUGAGCCAAAUAAGCUUAUGCACGUAACUACAGUAGAGCGCUAUUUGAAGUACCAUGUACAAGAAUUUGAGAGAGCCCUGAAUGAGAAAUUUCCUGCAUGCUCUAUUGCUGCCAAAAAACACAUUGGUUCCUCCACCACGAUAUUGGAUGUACAAGGCGUGGGCUUGAAGAAUUUCAGCAAGACAGCAAGGGACCUUUUGCUCAAUAUGCAGAAAAUUGAUGGUGAUUAUUAUCCUGAGACACUACAUCAAAUGUUUGUUGUUAAUGCUGGCCAUGGUUUUAAGCUUCUCUGGAAUACUGUGAAAGGAUUUCUUGAUCCCAAAACUACUUCAAAGAUACAUGUUCUUGGAACCAAAUAUCAGAGUAGACUUCUUGAGGCAAUUGACUCAAGCCAAUUGCCAGAAUUCCUCGGUGGUUCAUGUACAUGCUAUUAUGAGAGAGGAUGUCUUAGAUCUAACAGAGGACCAUGGAAUGACCCAGUUAUUUUGAAGUUUGUACAAGGCAUUGACGCAACAUCUGCGAGGGAAAACAGACAUACAUCUGAUGGAGAAAAAAUAGGCCAUUCUUGUGUAAGACUACACUCAUCAAAGCGAAGGACUAGUCAAACUUCUGCAGCUGAAUCAGUUUCUGAUGCUGAUGAUCUUUGUUCUCCUGUAAUACCAAUGACUGCUGAUAAUGCUUGUCUGUCUCCAAUUUAUAAAGAAGUCAGAGAAGCAGACAUUACACCUUAUCAGAGCUGUGAUGACCAUUCUGCAACUGUUGAUAAAGUUGUAGAUAUUGGUAGAAGAGGAUCUGGUUUUGCUGUGAAGGCAUCCAAAGAAUUAAAAGAUCUUGACUACACCUCUGCAACUGCUGCCCCACAUUCCUUUGGUAACUCUAUUGCUGGUAAGCACAACAACAUCAAGGAUGAUACAGAAGGAAAGUUGGACUCUUUUGCAAGAACAUUGGUUGCAUUUCUCAUAAAAAUGCUGUCCUUCUUUCGUAUCUUAUGGUCUAGACAGGAUAGGAGGUUGAAUGUUCAUCUAUCAAAUGCCUUGGACUUGGCAUGCAAUAAAAAUUCAACUACGGAAGCUCUCAAGGAAGAUUGUGUCACUUCUUGCAUGGAACGUCUUCAAAAGCUUGAGCUGAUGUUAAAUGAGCUCAGCAACAAGCCUGCAGAGAUUCCUCGAGAAAAAGAGCACAUGAUCCUUGAUUCAAUGGACAGGAUAAAGUGUGUCGAGUUUGAUAUUCACAAGACAAAUAAAGUCCUGCAAGCAACUUUGAUGAAGCAAAUGGAGAUUGAAGCAACAUUAGAAGCUUUAAAAGACUCCGAUAUUAAGGAAACCAAUCACUAUAAGUUUGGCUUUAUGAAUCUUUGCCGAAGAAAUUUUGUUGAUUCCUGAAGUGGAGGUAGCUGUACAUGGAUGAGAUAUCUAUAAAUUUGCAGCGAAGAACGCUUCCUACCAUAUUUCAUGUUCUAUUUUCUUUUACUUGGACUGAUGCAAGAAAGCUGCAUACAAAAUUUUACGAGCAGAUUGUUUGCAGCAUGAGAUCAGAGGCAAGAGGGAGCGGAAAGGGGGAAAAGUUAAAAAAAAAAGAACUAUCCCUCGUUUAUUCUUUUACUACCAUUAUUGAGUUCCAAAAGUUGUGUGCCUUAUUUCGGUACUCGAUGGGAAUGGUGCAGAUACUGGCACAGAUCCUGGCAUCCUCACAUCACCCUUUCUUCGUCUAGUGACUUUGAAAGUAACAUAUAUGAUUUUUGCUCUUUAAAGUUAGCUUUUGGAUGUAGCACAAGUAGACACCGCCAUCCGACAAGCUGUGUUGAUCUCUGUAUAGGAGGAAUAACCUUCUUGCUUCAUGUGACAUGUAACAGUGUUUCCUACACAUUGUGUGUCAUGAUACAGAUUCAAUCUUCCAUGAGUGCAUUUGAUCCAAAGUCUGUUGAUGAGGUUCAAGUCUUCUCUUUUUGUAAGCUCAGUGUCAUAUGCUCAAGCCAUGAAGAUCUCUUGUUGAUCCAAAUCAGUUUGUCUUGUAGUGGGUGCCAAUGCAAUCCAUGAUUUGGGUUUUUUGAGCAACUUAAAUGGACAAGUGUGUCCAAUAAAAAAAUACAUGUAUUUUUUUACAUUGGAUAGAAAUACAUGUAAAUUCUACUA